GAACUUUAACUUUUCCCAUAUUAUAUAUUCCUCUUAAGCCCAAGAGAAGUCUUUCAUGAAAGAGAACUAGAGCAACAUAGAUUUGGCCUAUAUUCUUCUGUUAUUAUCAUGGCCAUAAACUACUCCUUACUUAAUGAAGUAAUCUGCAGCGAACAACUGGAGUACUAAACACACAAGAGUUAUGGGUGGUAUGAAGGCUUUCUUGGGGGCUCUUGUUUUACUUUGUUUACUGUGGCUCAUUUUGUAUGGGAUUUUAGUCAAUCAGGAAACCAAAACAAUCACUGCUACGGCUAUCAAUCGUUUAGAUGUUUGGAAGAUAAUACAAACUGAAAAGUAUUAUCUUCAAAAGAAUUCAAAUCUCAAUUACGUGAGACAAAGAAGAGUGUCUACUGGAAUAUUCAAUGCCAUCCCGAAUAGGGGUGCCACCAAAACAGUCACUGCUAGAGCAAUCAAACGUGUAGAUGUUCGGAAGAUACUAGAAGCUGAGAAGCAAUAUCUUCAAAGAAAUCCAAAUGUCAAUUAUGUGAGCAAAAGAAGAGUGCCUACUGGACCAAAUGCCAUUCACAACAGGAAAGUAGGGGAAUAUAGAGAGCCACCCACUCGAGCUUGAGCUUAGGAAGACACCUAAAAGUAGUACUCCAGUAAAGAGUAACAAGGUCAAUCAACCAAAUUUACAACAUACAAUGAUGUGAUGAUAAGUGGGUGUUUCAUUAGAAUGUACUCCUAUUUCAUUUUAUGUGGCAAUCCUACUAUUUAGAGAACCAUAAAGGUUUUCUUUGAUCACGAUUUUCUUAAACAUUAUAGAUUAUUAAUACAUACUUUUUGUGUAGCUUUCAAGUUUGUAAAUUUUAGUACAGUUUUUUUUUUUUUUAAUGAAUCUCCGAAACAGUCUCUCUACCUUUCAUGGUAGGGGUGAGGUCUACGUAGACUCUACCCUCCCCAAGCCCCUAUGUUGUUUUUGUAGUUUUUUUAUGAAUCUAUGUUUGAACCCUGCCACACUGGAGAUGCCAUUUGUAGAAAAGGUAACUUACGAUGCACUACAUGAAUGAAAUUCUAAG